AGAGAUGUAAAAUUUUUAUAUUUAGAUUAAAGGUAUGAAGUGUAAUCGGUUUACGUAUCAAGUUUUUACUAAGUUGUUUAUUAAAAAAGAUAUAAAAACAAGACAAUUAUCUUCAAAAUUGUCUGGGUAUGUUGUGCAACCAACAACAAUGAAAAUCUCCAAAUUUGAUGCAAAAAAUGAAAAUAGUGAAGAUAUUCCUCUGUUUAUAACGAAGUACAAUACAAAAGGCUUUACAAUACAGGGCAAUAAAGUGUUUGGAUCAGUUGCUAUUUUACCAAAAUGCUAUUUAUCUUGGAAAGUCAAGUCUUCUUGUGAUAUUAAUGUUGAGAGUUUACAAUUAUUUACAGUUAUAGAACCAAAAAUUGAAAUUCUUGUUAUUGGAACAGGUGAAAAGGUUUUUCAACUUCCAAAAGAAGUUCAAAUGUAUUUUAAAAAAUUUAACAUUUCGUAUGAGGUAUCAGAUACACCUAAUGCUUGUGCUACAUAUAAUUUUUUGUUGGAAGAAGGGCGAUUAACUGGAGCAGUUUUAAUUCCACCAGAACAUAUACCAAUAAUCUAAGAUUUGUAAAUUUUUGAUAAUUAUAAUUUUUCAAAUUA